AUUCAUUAGGUGGGCGUUGCUUAAUUUGAAGCUUUACCCGGUAGUCGGGGUAAUAAAGCAUUCAGACAAGACUUACAAACAACGACGAAUGCUACACGACACAGUUCUUAAAACAUAUUUCUUGACACGCAGCUAAAUUAAACAAACAGACAGUAAACGUUUUAAUUCUGUUCUGCAUCUCGAGGGAGUGUGUGCAAAAAAAUCAUACAACGUCCUGGAAGAUUCAACUAGUCGGAACUUAAGGAGUCUGUUCCAGUGCCAAGAUGUCAGGUGUAAACUUUUCAGAUAACAACAGCAUCUGCCCGUCGAUUGAUGACUUCCGUAACAAGAUCUACUCCACCGUCUACUCCCUGAUUACCGUCUUCGGCUUUGUAGGGAACGGCUUUGCUCUCUAUGUCCUCAUCAAGACCUUCCGACAGAGAUCUACCUUCCACAUCUACAUGAUGAACCUGGCCAUCUCUGACCUGCUGUGUUGCUUAACUCUGCCCUUGCGUGUUGUCUACUAUGUGAACAAGGGCCACUGGUACUUUGGUGACUUCCUGUGCCGCAUCAGUUCCUAUGCCCUCUACGUUAACCUCUACUGCAGCAUCUUCUUUAUGAUGGCAAUGAGCUGCACCCGCUUCAUAGCUAUCGUAUUCCCAGUGCAGAACCUGAAGCUGGUGAGUGAGAGGAAGGCCAAAAUCAUCUGUGCAUGUAUCUGGAUCUUUAUCUGCGCGACCAGCUCUCCGUUCCUUAUGAGUGGCACAAAGGAAGUAGGAAACAAAACCAAGUGCUUUGAGCCUCCUAGUGGUACUGACACCCGUAAGCUGGUGAUCCUCAACUACUUUUCCUUGGUGGUGGGGUUCAGCAUCCCCUUCCUUGUCAUCCUGAUCUGUUACACAGGGAUGAUCUGGACCCUGAUGGUCAACUCAGGCAGCAUGAAGAAGCAAAAGAGCAUGCAGACAAAGGCCAUCCGGAUGAUCUGCAUUGUCAUGGCAGCCUUCCUCAUCAGCUUCAUGCCCUACCACAUCCAGCGCACCUUGCACCUGCACUUCCUGAUGAAGAAAGGAAGCUCCUGCGACGAUAUUGUCUACAUGCAGAAGUCGGUGGUUAUCACCCUAUGCCUGGCCGCUGGCAACUCAUGCUUUGACCCCAUGCUCUACUUCUUCUCCGGGGACAACUUCCGUAGGAGGCUCUCCAGUUUCCGCAAGCCCUCUGUCAGCACAAAUCUUACCGAGAAGAAGAAGAAGACCUGCACUGUCAACAAAAUAAACGUGGAGAGCCACAAACGAGAGGAAGAGUCAUUAAGGGGCAUCAAUGACAAGGUGGUUAGUGCUAGUGACUAGCCUUUCUCCUGUCCGUGGAGAAACGGGAUGUCUAGUAGCACGGACAUGAAAUAAGUCAUGGGAAGACGUUUUUUGCGCUUUAGGACUAUGGUUGGGCUUUUUUUUUUAAAUGUUUUUUACUGUGAAUAAUUUAGGAGGGGUGGUCUAAAAAAUAAACUUGGAAUAGGAUGACCUAGGUAGUGGAUAUAAUCAAGGGAAUUGAGGCUGUGGUCCAGUGAUGAGGGACUUCGAAGGGAUGUUAGAGUUCAGGAUUUGAAUACCUAGUCCAGUCUACUCUAUAACUUGUUGGGUGUGUCACUUAGCCUUUAAACCCAUUUGGAAUAAGAAGCACCCACACUUUAAACCAGGUAAGGGUUGCUCAGUUAAAUGAAUUAAAUUACCAGCCCUGAACACAAUCUGUUGCAGAUUGUAACCUAAUUGUAAACCUUGCUAAAUCAUGGGUGAAUGGUGCAAGUGAGAUGGUUUGGGGCUGCUAAACCACUCACAUAGUUAGAAUUCACAGAGUUCUGGGCAGCCCAAUCCGUUUACUUUCUGUUUGCUGUGACUGCUACACUCACCACUGAUUAAAUCUGUUGCAGGUCAAUCCCAAAAGCUGCAAGAAGAUCAUUUUAGUGUUUUUUCUUUUUGUUUUUUUAGUGUUUAAAAAAAAAGAAAAAGUCUGUGAUUUGUUAUUUUUUUAAGCAGUACUAAUAUGUGGUCAGAUUUAAUUGAAGGAGCCAAUGUCCUAUACAUCACUGUUUAGAGCCAGCACUUUGAUCCUGACUGUAAUAGUGAAUUUGUAUUGAAGUCAUCAGUGGGCUUGCUGGACCUCGUGGGCUUGCUGUUUGAUGCAAAAUCUUAAUGGGAAAGCAAUAACAGGUGCUUUUUGCCACAACCGCAAACUAUAUAUAUUUUUAAUGUGACUGUGUAUUGUCUUUUGGCUUCAGCAGAGUUUGCACUCCUGUCCCUGGUAUAGAAGAGACAGGACAGCACUUUUGUACAGUUUGUGCCUGUGUCAUUUUUUUGCAGUUGUACUUUUUAUUAUGAGAAACUCAUAGUUGUGUUUUUAAUCAUGUGAUGUUACUGUGUACUGUAUAUAAAAUAUAAUGUUACAUGUGUUGUAGAAAGGGUAAUACAAAUACAAAACUUUAUUAUUUUUAUUUUUUUUACAAAUACCAAUGUAACUGAUUCUAAACUGACCACUAUGGACUUUCAGAAUAUACCUACUGUAUAAACAUGCUAUUAAAAGUGUUGAUGAUUACUAACAAGGUAUAAAAGUCGAUUGCAGUAAAAUUGCAUUGACACAUACCAGAGAAAAGCUUUAUGUCAUAAUACUGUACAUAUGUUACAUAGUUUUAAGAUUGUAUUGACAGUACAUAACAUCCCUUAUAACACAUAUAUAGAUGCAUUAUUUAUAAUCUGUAACUGAUCCUUAAUUACUGGUAGUAUUAUAGUUUAUUCAACACUGGUCCAAAAUACUUAAUUGUGAGUUAAAUGUCCACAUGAAGGUACUCACAAAAUCACACUCAUCUGAGUAUUAAUGCAGACUCUCAAAACAUGCAAAUCCACCAAAAUGCAGUUUGGUUUCUAGAACUACAAAAAUAACAAUAAGUUAUAUUACAAACGCAAUGACUUCAGUGUCUUCAAAGACUUCUAGUCAAAAUGUAUUGAGUUUUAUUUAGUAUUUCUAAAUGUAGCUAUUGUUGUUUAAUAGUUAUGGAUGAAGAAGUAACAAUAACUAAUACUUAUUAUUUAUUGACCUGUAAAGUUCAAAAAUGCCACCUCAUUAUUUUUUUUAUUUUUUUUGUACAAACUACUCUAUAUACUUGUACAUAAAGCACAGUGACAGCAUAAUUGUAAGAAUGCACUUAUUUUCAUUUUGUUGUGUAAAAGUUUUAAUAGCAAUAAAGAUUCAUUUGUGUUUGGAAAAAUAAGAGGUGUUUAUUAACUCCAACAGGAAAGUAUUUAUAAAUCUACAAAUUGACCACCUAGAACUAAAGAUUUCUACCAUUACUGAGCUCCCUGCUUUGUGUCCCCAUAGGAAACAAUUGAGACAGUCCUUGCACAGUGUGACAUUCUACAGUGACACAGCAUAUGCCUGUAUAACAGGAAUAUCAAAGAGCAGAAAGCUUUGCAUAUUAUAUUUGUAUUUGUUUUCAAGUUUCCCUUAGCAUUUU